AUGGCUCAAAAAACUGAUCUCGGAGUACAGCCAGCACCUCAGCCUUCUGUUUCUACAAGCAUCAUGCCAGAAGAUAGAGCAGAAUCUGAAGCGGCUUCUACUCAGCGUCAUGAUCCGGGUGCAAAUGGGCUCAAAACAGUUCACAUUCUGAAAGAGUGGCCUAUAAUUACCGCAACCGUAAAGAAGGCUGAAGAACUCUACGGGUCGCUGAAAACUUCUAAUCGAAUCUUCAGCUGGAGCUUCAAUCUUGCUGAGAGGUCCGUAUGCGCUCUCCGUGAGAGGUCAACAAAGGUGCUGUCAACGUUCUACCCUGCCAUACGUAUAGCUGACCUAGCAGCCAGCGAGCUGGCGGAAGAAAUGCAAAAAAGGCUACCAGUGGUCCGGCAACCACCUACUAAGGUAUCAGAGGCUGUAAAGGUAGCAUUCAGCGACCUAAUUUCUCCGGUCGUUGAUAAAAUUGAAUUUAUGGUAAACAACGGCAAGACGCGGACGCGUAACGCAACAAGAAGCGUUCUCCAGAUGUACAGGAAGCUGGUGGUCACUUUGGAUAAGUGGAUGGAAGAAAUGGAAAAAUACGUUGAAGAUCUUAAAUCUAAAGGAGUACAAGGUAAAGACGAGCGCGACAGUAAAUCUUAA